GGAUACAAUUUUCAACUUUUCAAAAUUUUAAAUUCUACAGCAAAAAUAUUACAUCACUAAAAUCUACAGUCACAUCCAAAACAUCUACAGCGUAAAAUCUACAGUAAAAAAUCUACAACUAAUGCCGGAACCAAUCAGGCACAUACUAUAUUCUCUUGUUGUAAUAACAUGGUCUGUUUAACACACUUUAUCACGUUAUAUUAAGAUCCUCUUUAUUAAUAAUGGCUAAAGAGGCAUUUUAUUUUAAAGUAAUACAGCUUACAAACGCCAAAAACAAAGAUAACACCUGGACCAGACAAUCCCUAUAUUUAUAUCCUUAUGCUAAUUUUAGAGAUAUUUUGGGAUCUGUGUGAAACCAUUUGACCGGUUUUAAUUCUAGUUCUUCCUUUGACUGCAAAACCUUUUCAUCAAGAUUUUUUGUUGUUUUUGGUUUUACGUAGACAAGAUUUGUCCCAAAUGGAUGCAGAAAAUGCGACUUGGCGCAAAGAGCUCAUGUGGGACGACGAUGGGAAAAGAGCAGAGAUGGGGACGAAGAUGUUUUGCGAUGUAAGUCCACAUAUAAUGUUGAACUCACAUGGCGUUUCAGAGAAAAUGGAUUCUGGAUAUAAGGGAAUGGAAUUUUGGGAGUACCCUCUUCCACAAUUGGAGAUCAUAAUUCUCUCCAUAUUCCUAUUAUGGCGCUUAUUUGAUAUGUUGUUCAAGAAGUUAGGUGUUCCUAUCCCCAAGUUCACCUCCAUGAUGCUUGUUGGGGCAGUCUUAAAUGAGGUGUUUGGAUCGAUGCAAAUAUCAUGUUUUAAGCAUAUAUUUAUCCAUGAUAACAAGUAUAUGCCAAAGGUUGCUGAUACUAUAGGUGCAUUUGCUUUUGUCCUAGAUUGGUUCCUAAGAGGAGUGACUACGGAUGUUGGAAUAAUCAAAAAGUCAGGAACUAAGAGUGUUGUAAUUGGAAUCACCUCAAUGAUCAUCCCAUGGCAAAUAGGAAAACUCCUUUAUUCAUCUAGAGAGAAAUCAAGUAUCCUGACCAUGACAGAAAACGAGUAUAACGUAAUGACAUUCACCAUGAGCAUGACGCCUUUCACGUGCGUCAACAUGUUGCUUACUGACCUCAAGAUAGUUCACACUGAUUUCGGCCAAAUAGCUCAGUCAUCGGGAAUGGUAACCGAUGUGCUUGCCUUUUUCUUGACUGUAUGGGCUUACAUUAGCCGUGAUGAAACUCAAGGAGUGAAGAUGGGAUUUGCUUUUAUGGCAUUCUUCAUUUUUGUGUACCUUGUGCGACAAUUUAUGCUGUGGGUAAUCAGACAUACCCCAGAGGGAGCGCCAGUGAAGAACAUCUAUCUCUACAUUGGUCUCUUGCUGGCUUACUUAUCUUAUCUUUACUGGAACCGCUUCUUAUUCUUCGGACCGCUGGGGGCAUUUGUUCUUGGUUUGGCUGUCCCUAACGGACCGCCUUUAGGAUCGGUAUUUAUACAAAAAUUCGAUAGCUUCAAUGAGGGCAUUUUUUUACCCCUCUUUGGCUCACUUAGCAUGAUUAAACUAGAUUGGUCAUUUCUACGGAAGGAGUUUGGAGAUGAGUUUGGAGAUGGAAAACAUCUCCAUGGACAUAUGUACGAGUGUUUUUCAUUCCUUCCCAUCGUAUACAUAGCGAAAUUCGGUACUUCGUUUUUAGCCGCCAUAGCUACAAAGAUACCUUUGAGAGACUCAAUUAUCCUAGCUGUCAUUAUGGGCACCAAGAGUAGUUUUGAGUUGGCUUACGUACUCACAGCCUUCGAAAAAUACAGGAUUAGUCUGGAGGUUUUGUCGCUCCUGGGCGUAUACAUUCUCGUAAACUCUUUGUUAACACCAAUGGCUAUACAUUUCUUGUAUGACCGGUCUAAAAGAUUUGUGUGUUACGGAAGAAGAAACUUGAAACAGAAGUCAGAACUGCAAACGCUGGUGUGCAUCAACAAGCCUGACAACAUAACAUCGAUGAUUAGCCUUCUCAGAGCAACUUCCCCAUCUAAAGACUCUCCAAUGGAGUGUUGUGUUCUGCACCUAAUAGAGUUACAAGGUCAAGCUACUCCCACGUUUAUCUCCCACCAGCUUCAGAAACCAAAGCCUGGAAGUCGGUCUUACUCCGAAAAUGUCAUAAGCUCUUUCCAACUGUUUCAAGAGAUUUAUUGCGACUCCGCUUCCAUAAACAUGUUCACGUCUUUAACUUCCGCUAAAGAGAUGCAUGAACACAUAUGUUGGUUUGCUCUUAGUCAAGGUUCAAAUCUUAUUCUCCUCUCGUUUCACCGCACUUGGGGGCCUGACGGAAGUGUCGUUAUCUCAGACGAUCAAACCCUAAGAACCCUUAAUCGUAAUGUUCUGAAACGAGCCCCUUGUUCUGUCGGAAUCUUCGUUUAUCGCAAACCAAUUUGGCAAACCAAAGCCCUAGAAUCUCCAUGCCGUGUGUGCUUGAUUUAUGUGGGUGGGAAUGACGACAAAGAGGCCUUGGCAUUAGCUGACCACAUGAGAGGUAACCAACAAGUGAUUCUAACGGUGAUGCGUUUGAUCCCUGCGUCUCAUGCCGAUGAUAUUAGCAAGAGGAUUCAUAGUCAAAUGGUAGACAUGAACCGUCAUGAAGAUAGGCCUCGAGAUGACUCAAUCAUCAUUGAUUGGACGGUGGGGGAUGGUACAGAGACUUCCAAGAUUUUGCACUCCGUGGCUUACGACUAUGAUCUAUUUAUAGUCGGUAGAAGAAGUGGGUUUGGUACUACAGUCACUAGAGGACUCGGGGAUUGGAUGGAAUUCGAAGAACUUGGAAUCAUUGGAGAUUUGUUAGCAUCUGAAUAUUUUCCUUCUAGAGCCUCCGUGUUGAUCGUGCAACAACAAGAAUGAAAAGCAUUUCUCAGCUUUAGUUUUUAUCUUUUUUAAAGUUGAGGAACUCUGUAAACAGACCCCACGCGCCCAAUUUUUCAAAUUUUACAAAAACAGCAAUUUCUGCAUGUUUUGGUCCAGGGAUUUCGGAGAGGUGGCGUUGACGCGCUCGUUGUGAGAGUGGGUAAGAUAGUUGAAUUUCGCAGUUCGACAACCAACCACGCGCGCCACGUUUGGGCUGACUUUAUACUGUCCAUUAUAGACCCACAUAAGUUUAAAAGGCCCAAUAACAAAAAUUAAAAAUUAGGGCACAAUGUAUGAAUAUCCAUUAGUGAUAGCAUUUGAUGUAAUUUAUCAUUCGUAGUUCUUUCACGAAGUUUUAAAAUGUUAUAUU